GGGGCACUUGGCUUCUACGCCCUGGCAGCAGCCGUCAGUCAACGAGUCAACCGCGCCGCGAAAACACCGUGGCUGGGUGUCAGCAGCGAUGUCGCCGGUUGCGGGAGCGACAGUACUGCACGUGUUCGCGUUCCUGCUUCUUGCUGGACAACCGGGCCGUGCUUCUCACUCAGCUGAAGGCGAUGCGUUCCGCGCGAAGUCGUCCUCCGUGGCCGAUCAGCAAGCCACCGUGGAGGGCCUGCUGCGACGGCUCGUUCCCCAGUGGGAGUCCCAAAUCACGCUGCACGUCUUCCAGGGAGCCAAGGAACAGCGACAGGACAUGUUCGUGGUGGAGACGUUCAACAACAGCGUGUCCAUAACGGGAUCGAGCGGCGUAGCGGUGGCCACAGGUCUUUACUACUACCUGAAGAAGUUCUGCAAUGUUCACGUGUCCUGGUCGGGCACGCAGACAAAGACUGCCUCGGGAAAGCCGCCUCUGGUUCCGAAGCCAAUCGUGGUCAAGCUCAACGGACGGUUCCGCUACUAUCAGAAUGUAUGCACGGCCAGUUACUCCAUGGUCUGGUGGAACUGGACACGCUGGGAGCAGGAAAUCGACUGGAUGGCGCUGAAUGGAAUCAAUCUGCCGCUUGCCUUCACGGGGCAGGAAGAGAUCUGGAAGAGGACAUUCUUGAAACUUGGCGUGAAGCAGGCUGAGAUUGAUGGAUUCUUUUCUGGCCCAGCAUUCUUGGCGUGGCAAAGGAUGGGAAACUUCCGCGGUUUUGGCGGUCCACUUCCGGAAUCGUGGCAUGUUCAACAGGUGGCGCUGCAGCACCGCAUACUGCGAAGGAUGCGGGACUUCGGCAUGACACCCGUGCUGCCAGCGUUUGCUGGACACGUUCCACGAGCAGUGGAAAAGUUGUUUCCAAACACAACCAUGGCGAGAACAUGUUGGCAAAACUUUCAGGAAAAAUAUGCUUGCCCAACAUUCGUGUAUCCAAACGAGACUCUGUUCGUCACCAUUGGAAAGCUGUUCUUGCAAACGUACAUCGAAGAGUUUGGCACUGACCACUACUACAACACUGACCUCUUCAAUGAGAUAAACCCUCCUUCCGGGAACAUAUCCUUCGUUCAAGCAUCUGGAAAAGCAGUUUUCGCAGCACUGACCGAGGUGGACCCUGAAGCUGUUUGGGUCAUGCAAGGAUGGCUGUUCGUCAACGACCCUUUCUAUUGGACGCCAAAGAGGGCGAAGGCUCUUCUGACUAGCGUGCCUCAGGGAAGAAUGUUAAUUCUCGACUUGAGUUCUGAGCGACAACCCGUGUACGAGCAACUGUCCAUGUUCUACGGCCAGCCAUUCAUCUGGAACAUGCUGCUCAAUUACGGUGGUGUUCUUGGAAUGUACGGCUCACUGAAAUCCGUAAACGAGGGUCCGUUCAUUGCCUGGAAAGCAAAUGACUCCACUAUGGCCGGGACCGGCUUGACACCAGAAGGUAUCAAUCAGAAUGAUGUUAUGUUUGAGUUCAUGAAUGAGAAUGCCUGGAGAUCGUCACCCGUCAAUGUCAGUGAAUGGAUCGAAAACUAUGCAUUAAGAAGGUAUGGCAAGGAGAACGCCAACGCCACUUCUGCAUGGAGACGCCUUGCGGAAAGCGUUUAUGACUUGAAUCCAGCCACUCUUUUAAAGGAUCAUGGCCAGUACACACUUGUGGUGCGACCGUCACUUCACCUCAAGAAUAAGACUUGGUAUGAUCCAGCAGAUGUUUAUGCAGCAUGGAGAGAUCUCCUGAACGCUGCCACGGAUUCCGAAAUUGCAGGACAAGAAACAUUCAGGUACGAUCUCGUUGAUGUGACACGCCAGUCUCUCCAGCUGCUUAUUGACAACAUUUACGUGGAAGUUAGAAGCUGCUUUUGGAAGAAAACGAAGAGUGCUUUUGGGAGGCUAGCUGUGCUCAUGACAGAGCUGUUUAAUGACCUCGAAACUUUGCUGGCGUCUGAUCCGCACUUCCUUCUUGGAACGUGGCUACGUGAUGCACGAAGUUGGGGAAUGACAGAACAGGAAUCUGAUAUAUACGAGUACAACGCACGUAACCAGAUCACACUUUGGGGCCCGAAAGGCGAGAUCCGAGACUAUGCUGCCAAGCAGUGGUCAGGGCUUGUGCAAAGUUACUACAUGCCACGCUGGGAGCUGUUCCUGAAAUCUCUGUGGCAGAGUCUUGAGGAGCACCGCCCUUUCAACGACACACUGUUUGAAGAGCAGGUUUUUAAGCUCGUUGAAGAGCCUUUCACGUUGAGGCAAGGAGCGUACCCCACAUGGCCGCAAGGUGACUCCAUCGCCAUCAGUAAAACGCUGCACAGGAAGUACGGGCCCAUGCUGUUUUGAAAUCAUCCAGAAGAAAAAGAGCCAUCGUGCGCCUCAGUUAACGACCAACUGCAACAAAAAUCUGAGCCGUGCGCAAAUUAAGCCUUCUUUCUGGGUUCCUUUGUAGAAAACAUACCUUCGGACCAGGUUUUACGCUCGUCACUCAGUAUGUCACGGAAAGCUCGCAAAAAUUGUCAUUUUUAAUACGGAAGCUCAAAGUCGCCGCCAUUACCGCUCACCGGAAAUGAAUGAGGCAGGACCCGAAACGUCAGUAUACCGAAGCCCGUCCAGGCGCAGCAACGAGAUGCAGCACGCAUGCGCGGUUCUCGGAUCUGCGCCAUAUCCGCUUACCGCCAGGUAAUCUUGUCGUCUGCUAAUAUGCAUAUUUCUAAGCUCCCGAGACGUUGGGAGGUUACCAGCCUGGCGGCUUCGCCAAGAUUACCCAAUUGCAUAUACACUAACUCGCAUAUAAUCAAUCCAGCAAAUCUCAAAUUUCGUUGCACUUGGUCUUUAACACCACGUGAUCACCUCCCCACAUUAUAAGUAAUCUUGAUCUGAUCUCGCGCGCGGUAUGCACCAUUGGUAUGCAAGUGAAAGCCUGCAUUUGUGAAGUCGCAUUUCGAACGUUUUCAGAUAAGUGUGCCAUCGAGAGCAACCAAUGCCAGCAUCGGUGCUGACAUUGGGUUAACCGAGUCCUGCUCUUCACAAAAAAAAAAAAAAAAAAAAAAAAGAAAAUGCUGCCAUCGCAUUUCGCAAGUUUGCUCUCCUGUCUUUAUCUUCUCUGCCUAUUAGCGUGUAAAGUGUCGAGUAAUAAACUGAAUAUUUAAGUGUAAUAAACUUCUGAAAUUUAACUUUA